GUUCCUGAUAACUUCGAAGGGCAUUUCCCUUCGGCCGCUCAGCACGUUCCUGUACGUAGCCUACCUACCUGCUGGCCGCCAGAACGCACAUGACAGCUUCGCGGCGGCUGCUGGCCGCUGCAACGAUAGACGUCACUGCCUAUACUACCUAUACCUGCUCUCGCCGCCUUACGUCAUUCCUGCCAAUUGAAUACCGUAUGCCAACGCUCGCGCAUGUAUGCUGCAGCCUCUCGCCCGGUCGCCACCGUGCUUACGCCCAUUCGGGGCAUGUACUACUACCCUUUUGACGAGUACUUAAUCGACAUCAGGAUCCAAUCCUACAUGCUGGGUCCUGACGGGGGGCGCUUGCCGCUGGCGGUGAUUGUCAGUCAGCGCAACCAGGUCACGGGCUGGGUGCAGGAGGUGACCAUGCUCCAGAACGUACUCGACAACUACAACUUCUGGUACGUCGCGGAGUCCGACAACAAGGACACGGACAAUGUGGUCGGAUACCGCAUCCAUAUGCAGCGCUCGAACUUCGUCAAGUUCUUUGCCUGCCUGGUCCUGAUUGUCAUGUGGACCUUGACUUCGGCCGCCGUAACCUACGCCAUCGAUUUGAACUUCCUGCGCCCCCGAGUCGCGAUGAUGAUGGAGUGUACGAUGAUGGUCACACUGCUCUUCGCCAUGGGCAACAUUCGCAACGUCAUGCCUGGCAUUCCCGGCAUUGGCAUCGGCAUCGAUCAGUACGGAUACAUCUGGAUCAUGAUCUUACUCAUGGCCUCGGCCACCACCAUGCUUGGCAAGCUGAUAUGCCAGUACGUUCACCCGCUGCCCACAUUCUAUGAUCGCCUCAUGCAAAACGAGUGCUACACCGAAUGGCGCAAGAAGGAGGACGAGAAGGAGAAGAAGGCGAAGGAGGAGGCGGAGAAGAAGAAGGAGGAAGGGGAGGAGCAGGCCAAAAAGCAGCAGGAGGCGGAGGCCAAGAAGCAGCAGGACGGAAACAGCAGUGGCAGUGGCAGCGGCAGCGACAGCUUGGGCGUGAAGGGCAUGGGGAGUGACACCAGCAGUCUGGCCACCCCCAGGGUUCAGGUGCUCGCAGCUGAGGCAGACGCACAGCAGCAGCAGCAGGCGACACAGGCCCUCGACAACACUCGCGGCCAGAGCGGCGGCGUGUCGCUGCGCAAGCAGGGCGAUGCCGGCAUGGACGCGACGUGUGCCGGCAUUAUUUAGUGAUGGUUUGGUCAUUUUGGUGGAACUGGGGUAAAGCCGGCGCAUUCUCAUUACUACAUGCUGCAAGCUGGAAGGCCUGGAACAUACGCAUGGCGGCGGCGACGGCGGAUGCUGACGAAGGCGCAGCGGUGGAGAACGGCGCGCGCCUGACCUGAAGCGCGUGACGGCCCCUGGCUUUGCUUGUUCCGCUGGUACACCGUACAACCGCUGAGAGGCGGAAAAGCCAGACCCAAUGGUCAUGACCCCGACAGGCUGACAUGACCCAUCGUUUGGUU